CCCGGGGGAGCGCAGCCGGGAAGUGCGCCGAGCCCUGCGCCGCGGCCUCCUCGAGCACCUCUGCCGCAGUGCGCCGCAGUCCAGCGGCUGCCGGGCCGACCUGCUUCGUCACGGGUCCUCGGCGGUUGCGAGACAGGUCUGAUCAAUUUCCGGUAGUGAGGAGUCCUUUCUAAAUAUAAGAGGAAUAAAGAAAUCACUUCCCCAGCUGUCGUCAUCUUCUAACAGAUUGAGCAAGAAUAUUUCAAGCACUACAGAAAAGGCAGUCCAUCACAUCCUAGAUGAUCAUCAGCCGUGUGGUUUUUUUAAGAAAGGGAAUAGGGUGAAUGAAUCUCAUCAGACAAUCAGUAAUAUGAGUGCCGGGCCGUCUUGGAAUAAAGUGCAACGUUUAAAGACUACUUCAGGAAAAAGGCAAAGCAAAUCUCAAGUUCCCCUCAUUUCUUCCCAGCUGAAAAGCAAGCUUGUAUUCCAACAGACUGAGGAUAAGCUUAAAGAAAGCAUUUGCCCGGAAGGAAAACUUGAAAGGAGUUCCUUUGGAUCCAGGUGUCAAGGGGCCUCAGGGAACAACUUGUUUCUUAACUUUCAGUCAGUGAAAAUUAUUAAAGAGGAUGCUGAUGAGGACAGUGCAAGUGAUCUGUCUGAUUCAGAAAGAAUUCCCAUUCUUCCUUCUCCCCUCACACCUCCAGAUCUUAAUCUGAGAGCCGAAGAAAUUGAUCCGGUUUAUUUCGAUCUUCACCCAGAUCAGGGCCAUGCACACCCUGAAUACUAUUACCCUGAUUUCCUUCCACUCCCUUUUAACUCCUGGGACCUCCGGGAGAUGGCCCUGCUCCUGAACUCAGAGAACAAAUCCGAAGCCAUGCCACAAACAGGAGGACUUCUUGGGAAGUACCUUGAUAGGCUUAUUCAGCUCGAGUGGCUGCAGGCACAGACCAUACGAAGUGAAAAAGGAAAGGGAGCCAAAGCCAGACCCCCGACAGCCCCUGCAACCUUCUGGGCUCUGAAAAGCCCUGGGAAAAGUAAGCUAAUUGCUACUGCUCUGUCCAAGCCUCUGUCUCACCAGGAAGGGGCUUCCAGGUCAGCGCCUUCACGAAAGAAAGACUCUCACCAUGACGAAGCCCAUCCAUCGUAUUACACAUUCCAGACUUCCCCUAGACCUGUCGAUGUGCUGGGUAGUUGCAGGUUAUGUUCUCAGAAGCAACCCCUAGAAAUUAAGACUGAGGAAAAGAAAAAGAAAUCAAAUAAGAGUACCAAGCUGCAAGGUGUGGAUUUUGCCUGCAGUGACAGCAGUUCGAAGAUUCAGACCAAUGGUAACCUUCGAAUUCCCAAACAGUCAGUGGCUAUUCUUGACACAGUGGACUCUUGUAAGACCUCCAAAACACAAGCACAUGCAAAUCUUAAGAAAAAGGGCAAUAUAAAUAACUGUGGACAUUCCAAUAUAGCUGGUGAGAAAAAACUCAAAACAAAUGGAGUAAAGCAAAACACUUGUAAAUUCAAAUGAUUUUAGAAUGAUCAUUUGCAGAGACCUACCGAAACCUAAAUAUCCCUAGCUACAAUAAUAUGAAUUUUAAGAAAUUUUAUGCUUACUGACAUUUAAGUAGUUGAUUAGUUCUUCAGUUUACCCCAUCCCACCCCAAUUCCAGCUGGGUUUUUUUAAAAGAGAGGUACCUUGCAUUGAGUCUUUCUCUGUCUUAAUAGUCCCAAGCAAAUGAGAGCCCUUUAGAUAAAAAUUCACCAAAGUUAAGUGCCAUAUAAAGGAGUAAAAUGACAGCUCUGUAGGGGAAGAGUCAACUAAACUUCUGAAAUAGCAUCCAGCAUAUGUGGGACAGACAUAGUCAUUUUGCCUCCCAGUUUUCACUUAUGUGUAAGUAUAUCAAAUAGUACAUGCUGGUUUAAGUGGUGUAGAAUCCUAAACGUUUGAAAUAAGCAGGGUCCUUGGCCAUGCAUGUCAGCCUCUUGCUUUUGCAUAAACUAUUUGAGCUGAAGUUCUUUCUUUUCAUUUUAUUCCUAAGAGAAGCUUCUCCUCUUUCUCAAGUCAGGUAGCAUGACUGUUUCUAUUUUAAGCCAAAUGAUUUAUCACUUAACUGCUUGGUCUUCAGAGACAAUGGAAUCUAGUGCUGUAAUGUAUUUCCCAUGACAUGGGUUAAAAAACAAAAAGGCAUUUCACAUUUAGAGGUGGUAGUCCUGUCCAUUUUUGAGUUCUCUAAACGGGGGUUAAAAUAAUUUGCAGACUUUCCAGUUGGGAAGUCAGUGGGUCUAAGCAUGAUUGUUGCUGUUUGGUGGGAGUGAGAUUGAAAUAUUUGACACACUAGAAUUUCUCGUAUGUAAGGUUUCUCCAAAGAGGUGUUAUUAAGUUACUGAUUCAGGACCUGGAUCUUGCUGUCCUUAGAAAUAAUGAUCUGUUUAGUUUGCAAGAGCAGGAUUUUAUAAUCCUGUGGGGGUUUCUUGGAGGAUGAGGGUGAGGUUGGGAGACAGGUCACGAUGGAGGGGUGAGUGUGACAUAAAUAAAGUCCCUAAAUGUUUUCUUAACAUCCUUAUCUGGGCCUGUGGCUUCCUGCCUUUCCUCAAUGCUUCUUAUUUAGUUGCAGUUAAUAACAUCUACUUGUUCUCUAGUUGUAAGCUUUCUGUUGAUGUUCGUGAAUAUCUUUAAAACCCUUGGUUGGCUACUUUCUGAUAGACAAUAUACUGUAAUGAGUAUCAUUGAGUUAUCCUUUAAACAAUUAUUCUGUUUUUUUACAGUUAUGUUCCUAUUCAUUUUUAUUUUUCACCCUUUAGGGCAAAUGAAAAACUUGACAUUUUUCACUUGGAAAUAUGUAAUAUUUUGCAGUCUUUCCACACAGCAGUAAAUGUCAUCAAAGGCACUUUAUAAGUUUCAACAAUAUAAUGGGAUAAGGGGCACUUGUAAUUAGAAUAACAUGCAAAGUUUAAAUAUUAAGAUCAUUUUAAAAAUCUGAUUUUAGUCAUAAUGAACAAUAUGAAAUUUUUGGUGGUAACCUUUUUUUCCAGGAGUUUAUUUCCAGAUCUUUACGGUUCUCUCUUAUCCUCGUUAUUUCUUUUGCUGCCUGACUGGAGCAGGCCUGCCCUUGUACCAAGACCUAACACCUCGCCAUUUGGACAGACAGCAGGUGCACAUGGAGCAGGCAUUGCUCCCGUGGCCCUGUCUGGACUGUAUUUGGAAAAUAUGGCAUUACACCACAUUUUCCUCUCUCUGGGUCUUGAGUGGCACCCCUUGCAGCACCCCCUGCCCUGCUGCUUAUGCUGGAUUAGCCCAUUGUACCUGCUGGCACCUCCCUUACAAGUUGUUCUCUGCUAGAUUUUUAUGCAGCUUUUUAUGAAGUUUCAUGGCUGAUAAAUCUCUGUAAGCAUGAUGUUGUAUAUGUACACACAAAUGUAUGUAUAUAUCCUCAUAUUAUUCCUGUAUGGUUUACAUUGAAUUACUGCCUUUCCCAGUGGGCGUUCUCAAGCUCUUGAAAGGGUGAAGGUACUGUUUUACUUUUCCUUGCUUUGUGUGUGUCUGAGCUGAAGACCAUCAUGAUUCAGAAAUUUAUAGAUGCUGCCUCACAGGUUACAUUUGCUCCUACCUCUUUUAAUUGAAAAUGGUUGUUUAAUUUGGGGAAUAGUCACAUUGUCAUAUAUUAAGACAGUUUUCAAAGCCUGAAAAAGGGACUUUGCUAGUUUAUUUUUUUGGCUCAGAUUGAUGCUUUGUUUUAACCAAUACCGUUGUCUGUUGGCUCAGAGUUCCUCGUGAAAGGUGUUAAGUUUUUAAAGUUAGGUUCAUUUCAGAAUUAUCAUAAGCACGGUUUGAAUUUUAUGAUUCCUGAUAAAUAUCUAACAUAUCUUAAUACACUAAAUGCUGAUAAUAAGAAUCUUUCUAUUUCAGAUAGACACCUUUGAAAAGUUUAGUCAUGAAUUUAUCGUUUAAAUUCGUCAAGUCAACACUGUUCAGUGUCCUGACAGUCCAGUGACAUAAGUCAUUGUAUUUCUGAAAAGUGCUCUUGUUUCUGGGGAGUUGUUUACACACACACCAACAAAAGCAAUCCAAGGUAAAAAAACACCAAGAAGUAUGUUUAGAGUAUGUAAGUAGAAACACUUCAGGCUUCAGAUGAGUUAGUGGAAAAAAAUUGUAAAAAAGUGCAAAAAUGAACAACAAAAUAUAUCAUUUAGGUUUAGACUAUUUCCCAAAUCUUUACUGACUAAACUGACUGAAGAUUUGUAAGUAAAGUGAAUGCAGUGGAAUUGGGGCCUGCAACAAAAGAGAUCAGGGAGAUACUUAGUCGAAGGAUAGCUGAAAGACAAAUGUUUUGUGGUUUCUUGGCAUAUUAGGCUGGUUUCCAGAAAGACAUAAGAAUUUCUACCUUAUAUGAUACAUUGUCUAUUUCCUCUUUGCAUUAUGCUCAUUUACUUAAGUAGUUACAUAAAAAUAUAAAACUCUUAGCAAUACUGUAUUUCAAGGUAUCAAAAAAGCAGUAUUUGUUAUUUAUGUACAUGUAAAGGGUGCCAUUCAAAAUGGCCUGAAAAUAUUCAGCAUGUUUGUUAUUUGCCAUUAUAAUUAUUGUAUGUCCAGUUUUGCAUAUAAUAAAAUAAGAUGUAAGUUUUUCUUUUCCCUUCUGAUUAAUUAAACAGCAGAAGAAUA